UGACAAAAUACAAAUCGUAAAUCAAUCAAUUUAAUGAUUUAAACCAUAAUAAAACUUUUAUAUUUGAUAUAUUAUAGUAACUUGUGAUUUACAUAUUAUUAUUAAAUCUGGUGAACACAUUUACCUACACGUAGACUUGUCGACAACCGACAAUCGACAUACCUAGAUAGCUACUCGUGUGCCUAUACUGUUGGAGUUUUACCGGAUUUUACUUUCACUUUUGUUUGACUUUCGGUUGUGGACUUGUGGCAGACCAAUGGCUUUAUUUCGCAAUUCAAAUCUUUAAACAACAUUGACUGACAACCAAUCAAUAAGCUGAAAUUGACCGCGACAUUCCUCUACUGCCACGCGAACAAAAGUAGAAUAGACUAUAGUAGGCAUUCUUGUUUCUGUUACCCGUGUGUACACUCUUCUAUGGGGGGUUUUCUUUAAUAAUGGAAUAGCUAGGAGUUCUAUAAAAGUAUUCUCCAUAGUAUUAUUUUCUCGGAUUCACGCUCAUCAUGGGUUUGGAGAAGCGCCUUAGUAAUGAGGAUUCAAACUCAGAGUACCUCUACCAACCAGAUAUUCUUCAGAAGCUGGACUUCAGACGGAGUCCGGCUCGGUUCAGUCCCCAGAUCAGUGCGGCUCGGCCCGGCGAGGACUGGAUGGUGGUGAGGCCCCUACAGAGAGCUGAUUUUGAUAAAGGCUUCCUGCAACUGCUCAGUCAGUUAACUAGCACGGGCAAUAUCACCAGGAAACAAUUUGAUGAGCGCUUCACGCAAAUGAAGGCUUCGGGCGGAUAUUACGUCACAGUGAUAGAAGACAAGCGGAUUUCCAAGAUCAUCGGCGCGGCCACGCUCACCAUUGAACAGAAGUUCAUACACAAUUGCUCAGUGCGAGGCCGACUUGAAGACGUUGUUGUGAAUGACACGUACAGAGGGAAACAAUUAGGAAAAUUGAUCGUGGUGACAGUGUCCCUCCUGGCGCAGGCGCUAGGCUGCUACAAGAUGUCUCUGGACUGCAAGGACCACCUCGUGAAGUUCUACAAUAGUCUGGGGUACAAGCUCGAGCCUGGAAACUCUAACGCCAUGAACAUGCGUUUCGAGGAGCCAUCCUGACAAUUAGCCGCUGGGACAUCCGACCUGCGCUCCAAACUGUAAGUAGACCGCCGGCGGCGUCGCGGCACCCGCAUACAUCACCACCCACCAUCGGACUUUGUGUCAUCUGUAGCCAUCAUCCAUGCGUUUCAUACAAGCUGAAAGGAGAUUGGCGAAUUCCAUAGAGUUUUAGACCCAAACUAAUAGAACCGUGGGCCUCAAGGGCCGUGGGCGUUCACGAAUCAAAUUUCUCAUGCUUGUUCAAGUAUACCAGUCUUACGAAAAACUUCAUCAAAGUCUAUCAAAUAAAGUUGGGAGAAAAAAGAUAUUCACUUGUAUUGCCAUGUAACGAUUAUUUGUAAUGUGUACUUGUGAAUAUUUAUAUUUUUGGUCCCCAUCUUCUAAAAAUAUCAGGCUUACACAGAAAAAUACUCCAAAAUAUAUUAUUAAAAAUAAAUAAUUUCCGAACCUGAACGGUUUUCAAAAAUGCUGGGUCCAAAUUCGCCAACUUCCUUUUAAUGGCUGUUGUUGACUAUGAAUUUGAAAUGUUGAAAAUAUUUGAAACGCAUUUCCAUCAUUCCAGCGAAAAUCGAAAUAGUGCUUUAUGUAAAAAUAUGUGUAUACCAUUGUAUGUUGGUUUGUUGCGAUACCGCUUGUUAGUCGUGUCGGUGCAGUUAGCAGGGUCGAUUGGUUUAUCCAUCAAACACUGUGUUUUACAUAUAAACUCAUAAAUUAAUUAAUAUAACAGUUGUAGAGUGUAUCUAAUUUAAAUCAGUUGUUCAUAUUUUUAGCCCUUGCACCAAAAUCAUGUUAUUAUCGGCCGGCUGAAAUUUUCUAAUCGAUUAAUAUGUCUGUGUCGAUAAGUUCAAACUUA